GGGACUGAGAGAGUCACUGAGCCGCUGCACGAGCAGGAGACGGCGGGAGGACCUGAUCACUGUAUCGGAUACUUAAACAUCUCUGCUUUACUCUUCACCCGGGACAUGAAACCCGUGUUUUAACCGCGUUUACACUGCACUCUCCAGCCCAAGAUGACGGUGGAUUUCGAAGAAUGUAUUAAAGAUUCACCCCGGUUUAGGGCAAAUAUUGAUGAGGUGGAGACGGAGGUGGUGGAGAUCGAGGCCAAACUAGAUAAGCUGGUGAAGCUAUGCAGUGGGAUGAUUGAAGCGGGGAAGGCGUACGCCAGCGCCAACAAGCUCUUCGUCAACGGCAUCCGGGAUUUGUCUCAGCAGUGCAAGAAGGAUGAAACGAUCUCGGAGUGCCUGGAAAAGUGCGGUGAAAGCCUGCAGGAAAUCAUCAACUACCACAUGAUCCUGUUCGAUCAGGCUCAGCGCUCUGUGAAGCAGCAGUUGCACAACUUUGUGAAAGAGGAUGUUCGCAAGUUCAAGGAGACCAAGAAGCACUUCGACAGGGUGCGAGAGGACAUGGAGAUAGCGCAGGUGAAGAACGCUCAGGCGCCGAGGAACAAACCUCAUGAGGUGGAGGAAGCCGCCGGCACACUCAGCAUCACUCGCAAGUGCUUCCGACACCUCGCCCUGGACUACGUACUACAGAUUAAUGUCCUCCAGGCCAAGAAGAAAUUCGAGAUCCUAGAUGCUAUGCUGUCCUUCAUGCACGCCCAGUACUCGCUGUUCCAGCAGGGCUACAACCUGCUGGAUGAGAUCGACCCGUACAUGAAGAAACUGGCUGCUGAGCUGGAUCAGCUGGUGAUUGAUUCGGCCAUGGAGAAGAGGGAAAUGGAGCAUAAACAUGCGACCAUUCAGCAGAGGACCCUCAUGCAGGACUUUUCGUACGACGACUCGAAAGUGGAGUUCAACGUAGAUGCUCCUAAUGGUGUGGUGAUGGAGGGCUACUUGUUCAAGAGGGCCAGCAACGCCUUUAAGACCUGGAACAGGCGGUGGUUUUCCAUACAGAACAGUCAGCUGGUCUAUCAGAAGAAGCUCAAGGAUUCUCUGACGGUGGUGGUGGAAGACCUGCGGCUGUGCUCUGUGAAACCGUGUGAGGACAUCGAGAGGAGGUUCUGCUUCGAGGUCGUCUCGCCCUCCAAGAGCUGUAUGCUUCAGGCUGAGUCUGAGAAGCUGAGACAAGCGUGGAUUCAGGCGGUUCAAGCUAGCAUCGCUUCAGCCUACAGAGAGAGCCCAGACACCUACUACAUAGAGCAUCUGGACAGAACGGCCUCUCCAUCCACAAGCAGUAUCGACUCAGCCAGCGAGCCGCGGGAGCGCAGCGUCCGAGGGGAGACCAUCCUGCAGCGGAUCCAGUGUCUGCCGGGGAACGAGCAGUGCUGUGACUGCGGCCAGGCUGACCCUCGCUGGGCCUCGAUCAACCUGGGCAUCCUGCUGUGUAUCGAGUGCUCCGGCAUCCACAGGAGUCUCGGAGUUCACUGUUCGAAGGUUCGCUCACUCACACUGGACUCAUGGGAACCAGAAUUAUUAAAGUUGAUGUGUGAGCUUGGAAACAGCGUCAUCAACCACAUCUAUGAAGGUUCAUACCAAGAACAAGGUCUAAAGAAACCGUUACCGUCCAGUUCAAGGCAGGAGAAGGAGGCCUGGAUUAAAGCAAAGUAUGUAGAGAAGAAAUUCCUGAAGAAGCUGGGCUCCACGGAGAUACUCAUCAACGGAGAGAGGAAGUCGGAGCGGCGGUGGAGCGUGAAGAAGUGUCGGAGGCACAACAGCGCCACCACCGUACCAAAAACACGGCGAAGAUACCGACAAGAGCCUGGAAGCAUCUCCCCGUCGACCCUCUCCGCAGCAGCUGCUAAGUUCAGACGAGACUCCCUGUUCUGUCCCGAUGAGCUGGACUCUCUCUUCUCCUACUUUGACACAGGAUCUGGGCCUCGAAGUCCGGCAGGCUUAAGCAGUGACAGCGGGUUGGGAGGCAGCACAGAUGGCAGCACGGACAUCCUGGUGUUUGGCUCAGUUGUGGACAGCGUCACAGAGGAGUGUGAGGUGUCAGAGGACUCGAGCGGUGAAGCUGAGUUGGAGGCUGAGCCGGAGACGUCAGACCCGGAGGACAUCAGGGACCUUCAUCCCGGAGCGCUGCUUUUCAAAGCCUCGAAAGCCCGCAACCUGCCCGUCAUGGCUGAAGCACUGGCUCAUGGGGCAGAUGUCAAUUUGGUCAACGAUGAGGACGAAGGAAAGACGCCCCUCAUACAGGCCGUAAUCGGGGGUUCGUUGAUCGCCUGCGAGUUCCUGCUCCAGAACGCUGCUGACGUCAACCAGAGGGACGCCAGAGGGAGGGGCCCCCUGCAUCACGCCACAUAUCUGGGACACACGGGGCAGGUGUGUUUAUUCCUAAAACGAGGAGCUACACAGAACGACGAGGAUGAGGAUGGCCAGGACCCUUUGAGUAUCGCUGUACAGCAAGCCAAUGCAGACAUCGUCACACUGCUGCGUCUGGCCAGGAUGAACGAGGAGAUGCGGGAGUCGGAGGGACCGUUCGGACAGCCAGGAGACGCCACAUACCUCGACAUCUUCCGGGAAUUUUCCCACAUGGCAUCCCACAACCCGGAGAAGCUGAAACGAAGGAGUGUGCACUUCCGACACUCUUUCAGAGAAAUUCACCUUUGAAGUGCAUCAAAGUGAAGAAGUCAUGUCAAUUUUUUGAUGCUGUUCAUGAUCGUUCAACUUUUACAAUAGCUGCAUUAUACCUGCAAGAGUCCUGUGCUGUUCUUAGAUCAACCUUUUAUUUUGAAAUGAGGAUUUGCUGGUCUCUUCCUCUUAUAAAUGCAUCUAUGUAUAAAUAUAGCAUUGCUUUUGUACAGUGUUAACUUUUUGGAUGAAAUGCCAAGCACUUGUUUUGUUUAUUUUCUUUGUUUUGUUCAACAUGAUCGAUGUAUUGAAGGAAUACUUUACAUAAAUACAUGUCCGUGUGUGUAAUGCAUGCAUUUACUCCCAUUAUAUUUCAUACUUAAACUUGAAUUCAGCUACAGUAUAUUGUAUGGAUAAAGAGUGUCAUAUCAUCAGUUAUAGCAUCAUCGUCGGUCUUGAAGUCGCAGCGUUGUUUCUCUUGAUGAGCAGUUGAUUUUUGUCAUAUUUGUUUUGCACCGACUAUGCUGGUGUAGUCUCGGUAAUAUUUUGUGGAAAUGUACGUUGCAGUACCACUAUGAAAUGCAGUGCUUAUGUUACUGUAUACAUGCUGUAGAGGCAAAAAUGCUAAUAUAUCUGAAUGAGCAGGAAUGCAGAUGGAAGACGGAUGAAAAAUAAACGUUGUCUGUGUUUACACAUGCAGUGAAAA